AUGUCUAUCAAGUCGCAGCUCUAUCCCAGGAAGCUGAGGUUGGAAGAUCGAACAUCCAAAGCAUCCUCAGUAAUUUCCGAAAAAACUAUUUAUUCGCCCAGUGUGGAAUCUCCUUGUAGUGAAACUGAGUCAGGUGUCAAUCAACUCGAAAUACAUGAAGCUUCAGUCGAUGUGGCAGUUGGCCAGUCCAGAGAGGAGUAUCGUCAGUCGCUGAUUAGUAUGGAGUCCUCAGUGAGCCAAGUUAGGAAAUCAUUCGAAGAAAUCGAUCUCAUAAAGCAGUUGGAGAUGAAAGUCAAUAAAUACAUAAAGCAUGGAAACGAAAACUUUUUUCAAAACUCUUCCCUUUACACGGAAGGCUUUGGUGAACUCAUCAUCCACAAAGAUAUAAAGAUGAUAGAAUCAUCUGAUUACAAUACGAAGAAGGUUGUUUACCGGGCAGUUUACUUAUUUCAAAAAUAUUUGGUGUUCUUCAAGCAUGGAGACAGUGUGACAUAUGAGAAAUCAUACCCUGUGAGCGAGCUCAUUCUGAACAGUAUUAUAACAAACAGAAAUGAUGAGCAAGCUUCUCAUCCUGAGCCUGCUCUCAGGUUUAUCAGACAAACUAAGAAUGACAACAGAUUCUCAACACCAAUCAGAUAUAUAAAUAUUUAUUUCAAGAAAAAGUCAGACGCCGACGAAUUCGCGAAGGCCUUCAUGACACUGCUUGAAAGAUUUUCCUACACCUCAACGGAGAGUGACGAUGACGGCGACUCUCAUUAUGCGAGAACUGCGCAUCUAGAUAAACUUUAUUACGGCAUUCUGACUGGACCUGAAGCUACAAAACUAUUAUUAGGAACUCCAAAUGGAACAUUUCUCAUUCGUUUCGGAACCAAUCAAAUGCGUUUUGCGAUAGCCGUGAGUUUCGAAUCAAAAGUUUAUCAUCUACGCAUCGAAGAAAGCCCCCAAGGAAAUGUGUAUUUGGAUGAGGAGUUCCAAUUUCGCAGUAUCAAGGAUUUGGUGAGAACGUACAGGAGAAGAUCGCUUCAGGAAUGUUUUGCGCAUUUGCCUUUGUGUUUGAAAUCCCCAUAUAAGGAGUGUCAGUUUUACCGAGUAAUUCAUCCAUACAGUCCAUCAGAGGAAUGCUGUUUGAAUAUCAGAAACGGUGAUAUCAUUCAACUAUUGGAUUCUUCUAUGGAACAGAGUGGAUGGUUGUUUGGGAGAAUGGUUGUGAACGGCAUUAAUAAGGAUGGCCUUUUCCCAAUAACAUAUACGGUGAAGCAUAAUUGA